AUGUUAGAAUAUGAGUGUGAAGAUGCAAUCAGCUCUCUUCCAGACGAGAUACUUGCUCAGAUCUUGUCCUAUCUGCCAACGAAACAAGCUGCUUCCACUUCAAUUCUGUCUAAAAGAUGGAGAACUCUCUUCUCACUGACGAAUCAUCUCUUUGCGUCGCAACACCAUCUCGACUUUGACGACUCAUAUUUCUUGAAUCCCAAGCUAGGUAAACAACAGAGAUCAAGAAGACGAAACGAGACUGAGCAGAGCUUCAGAGCUUUCGUUGACAAAACAUUGUCUUGUAGUAACAAACCCAUAAACAAAUUCUCACUAAAACAUCGAGAGGAUGAUCUUCACCACAUGGAUCAAACCAAUAGAUGGAUAUCAAAUGUCUUGGAACGAGGCGUAUCGGAGCUCGAUCUUCACAUAAAGACCACUUGGUUGGGGAGGCCACCACGUCCUCUUCCCUCAGAUGUAUUCACAAACAAGACUCUCGUUAAGCUGACAUUAGGAACAUUGCUUUUUGUUGGAAUUGAUCCUCCAAAAGUGUUCCUUCCAUUGCUCAAGAGUCUCUCCCUUGAUACAGUUUACUACGUAGAGGAAGAGGAAGGCUAUUCCUAUUCCACCUCUUUUUCCGAGGUGAUGCUUGAAGGUUGCCCAUUACUUGAGGAAUUUUUCCUGAAUCACGUUUCAAUUGACCACAAAGAAGCUCCAUACCCAUCCGAAAUCAUAUCCCAUCAAAACCUUCAAAGACUCACAGUUCACAUAAGAUUCCAACUAUGCCAACAAAUGGUAUUUGACACGCCCAAUCUUGUCUACCUCGACUACUCUGAUUACUCUACAUAUGGUAUCGAAUCGGCCAAUUUCUUGGAUUCCCUUGUGGAAGCCCGCCUCGAUCUUGAUAUACCAUGGCGGGGACGGGCGAGAACUUUCCGUAUGAAUAAUAUAACGAGAGCAAUUGAAUGCAUGACUAACGUUGAGAUCCUUCACCUCUCUUCAAACACUGUUAAGCUUAUGUAUAAUAGACUCUAUGAUUAUUGGGAAGAAGAUCAAGAUGGUUGCGGCUUGAGUUUUCCACGGUUUGAAAACCUUGUUAAACUAUCUUUCGAGACAAGAUCGAAACGACAACCACGUUGGAAAAUGCUAACAGUUGUGAUGGAUAAGGCACCAAUUCUUGAAACUCUUGUCCUCAAGGGCUUGUACUCUAUCCGCUAUGAAGGUGUCUCCGUCAAUGAGAAUGUAGUGAAGGUGUUAGAGAUUUAUGGCUACAAAGGAGGUCGUAAUGAAUUGAGACAACUGAACCGUUUCUUGUCCCAGAUGAAUUGUCUUCAAGUGAUCAAAGUGGAAAUUGAUGCUGCAAUAGAUGAUAUCGACAAGAGACUGCAAAUUACCAACGACCUUCUUUCUCUUCCCAAAUGCCAAGUCCAGUUCUUGUGA